CCUGAGAUGUCCUCGGUUCUCACCGAGUACCACUACCCAAAAGCAAGGUUGUCGACUCAACAAUGAAUCUCUUGGAGAUUGUGCGACAAUGCCACAAUGACAAUCCCUGGCGAGACAGCAGCCUGACGCCUUUCCAUCUCUCUCCGCCUCCUCUUGGAGUCCAGAUUGGCUUUCUUCAAGAUUCGGUCGUCGAAGCCAUCGAGGACGAGGUGAAACGGGGCUCGAACACGUUUACCUUGGGUCAUACGGGCAAAGAUUCCAGAAGGCGCACCUUUGUCGCAAUCAGUGAAGAGCUGAGGACUUAUGAGGAGAGGUCCGACGCCAUGCGGACAGUCGUAGAGUCGUGGAGAGACCGCGGACUUUUUCCCGAUCCAUUAAAUGGCUGGAGAGACGAGUUGUACUCAGUCUACGGGCCGAGUCCAGAUCCACCAGCCGACGGGAAAGGAAGCAAUCUCGCCGCAUUUGCCCUGGAGCGCUCCGCUUGCGCUUUGUUUGGUCUCGCAACUUUUGGCGUCCAUGCUACAGCCUUUACGCCAGACUAUAAGAUCUGGGUCCCGCGACGAGCCAGCACCAAGUCGACGUUUCCGGGCAUGCUCGACAACACUGUCGCCGGCGGUAUACAGGCGGGUGACGACCCUUUUGACUCAAUGGUCCGAGAAUGUUACGAGGAAGCCGGCUUUCAAGAGAGUCUUGUACGCGGCGCCAUGAAGCAAACUGGUGUCAUUUCUUACUUUUACCGUACGAGAUCGGGCUGGUGUCAGCCUGAGGUUGAGUAUACAUACGACCUUGUCAUCGACCCAUCUGUCAAGCCGAGGCCUGUAGAUGGGGAAGCGGAGUCUUUCGAGCUUCUCGACGUCCAAGAGGUCCUAUCAUUGAUGCGCAAAGGCCACUUCAAGCCCAAUUGCGCCCUGGUGCUCAUUGAUUUCUUGAUUCGACAUGGCCUUUUGACAUUCGAAAAUUGUCACUGCGACUACCUAGAGCUCGUCUGUAGCUUGCAUAACCCCCUCGGGUUGCCGUGUCCCUGAAGUAAAAGAUAGAGAAGGCUGCUGCGAUGCUGAAGUGGCAGAAUCAUGUCAUCCUGUACUCCCCUUCACGAACAUACGAAUUUCAAAGUAACUCACCGAAAG